GUUGGUAGCGUCUCUGCGGCGAGAGGAGAUCGUGGAGUAGUUUUUUUGUGCUGCGUACGUGGGACAGACGUUGAGGAGCUAACAAUGGACACCCAGAAGGACGUUCAACCCCCAAAGCAGCAGCCAAUGAUCUAUAUCUGUGGAGAAUGUCACACAGAAAAUGAAAUAAAAUCCAGGGAUCCAAUCAGAUGCAGAGAAUGUGGAUACAGAAUAAUGUACAAGAAAAGGACUAAAAGAUUGGUGGUUUUUGAUGCUCGAUGAAAUGUGGAAACUAAGAAGUGUCUUCAGGGUUUCUCAUUGUAUAGGUUUCGAUUUAGUAUCCUUAUCUUAAGAUGAAUACAAUUGUACAUAGAAUUUCAUUUAAAAAUGAGAUUUUUGUUUAGAUAUAUUUUAAUACUUUGUAUAAAGAAAAUUUGUUUAAUUAUAUGAUUUUAUUGUACAUGUAAUCUGGUUCACAAUGAAGAGUAAAAUUGCUUCUUCAAACUAUGCUUUUAAUCAAGCCUUGUUAAAAAUGCAGAUUUCUAGAGUCCUCCAAAGGUCUGAUUAAAUAAGUUCCUUGAAAACCACUAUUCUGUGUUACCAGCUGUUUGUAAACUAGCAUCAUUUGGUGCAGAGUGUGCCAUUGUAUUUGCUGUGAUUGUAAAGUUAUGAGAAACUCAGAAAUAAUAGAUGAACUCAGAAUUGAAUAGAUAACAUAAAGAGCUGGCUGAGAAGAAGGUUAAAACAAGUUGCUUCUUCACAUAUACAGGUACACACACAUCUCCCCCACCUUCCUGAAAUAAGUCAAGGUAGAGUGGUUACUUGAGCAGAGGAUUGAGAAAGCCCUAGGGAGACGAAGGAGAGGCGCAUUACUGAAAUAGGGAAAAUAGCCAGUGUAAAAGCUCUGGGGUGGAAUGUGAAGCCUGUCUUGUUCCCACUUUAGAAUGAAGCCCAUGUAACUCAACUUUGGAAACGGUGAGAUAGUGGGAAGAGGAUAGCUCACUUAAGGUGUUUGUGAUGGGAAACCAUUGGAACAAUAAGCAGGAGAGUGACAUGGUAUAUAACCUAAAAAAGUUGUUCGGGUUAUAUGAGAAUGGACUAUGUUAGGGACAGGUAGUAGCAAAGAAAACACUUCAAUGGCCACGUGUACUAGUUAAGGCCAAUGAUAAUGGCUGAGCCAGGAUGGCAGCUAUGGAGGGAUAUGUUUUGAAGUUGAGUCAGUAAGGAUCUUUGAUGGAUUGGAUAGUAAAGAGCUCAGUAAACAGUAUGGGCUUUGGUGUAAGGCUCUGGAUCCAAAUAUCCACACUGUCCCUGUUAGCUGGCUAUGUGACCUUGCAAGGAUGUGUCUUGUUUCUUGCAUGCAGUAUAUUUUGUCUUUAUGAAGACUGUCUGUGGUGGUAAAUUGUAUUUGCCCACAUAGUCUGUUUCCUGCAAUUUGCUUUUUGUCUUGCUUGUUUAUUCAGUAUAAAUGUAUAUACAGUUAUAACCAGAAGAAAAUAUUGUAAAAAAAUAAUUACAAGGCAUGUGGGAUUACAACCAAUUCCCAAAUAGAGGGUUUAUUUCUCUGCUGGAAAUACAAUGAUGGGAAAUUACGUUGACUGAAUGAGCCUUAGGGCAUAAUUUUGAAGGAAGUUUGCUGGCUGGAGUAAGGUGUGAAGACUUUACGGGACCUGGAGCAUGUGAUGGUGUUUCUUGGGACAAAAAAUUUAUUAAGGUAACAAGGAUUAUUCUACAUUUUGAGUCUAUGUCUAUAAACAUGCAAAUUUAACAUUCUCCAGUACUGGCAAUGGAAACAAAGUACUGUAAGUUUAACAGCGUGAGCAUUAGAAUUUUUACCAACAGUCCUGGCUACCAGACUGUAGGUCUGUAAUGUAAGGGCAAAAGGGGAAGAGAAGUGUUUUAUUGGAUCCUGAAUGUGCUAGGUUCAUACAGGUGCUUUGUUCAUCCUCUGUUUUAACUAGUCUGCAAUUUAUUUAAAACUGAAAUAAAUUUGUCCACAAAUGAUUUCUAGUGUUUUAUUCCUCUGAAUUGUAUUACAUCUUACCUUUGUGUCUGUAGCACCAGUAGGGUGCCUAUCAUAAGUAGCAUCCACAAGAUGUUGGAAUGCGUGAAAAAGAGGGAAGAGGUAAGUAUAUGUAUGUUGUAAUUCAGACUCUGAAGUUUAGUUAGGUCUCGGAGUAGAUAUCACUUAACAGUCCAGGAUGACCGAACAGAAAGAGCGUUGUAACUCAAAAUAA